GCAGGUUGUCAGUUUGAUCAAGUAUGUUCAGUCAAACCGAGGGAGCGUGAUGUGGGAGAAUGAGGACCCUACAGUUACAAGGACAGAGCUUCCUAGUGCUGCACUUCUGUCUGCACUUGUUCAGAGUAUGGUUUGAUGCAAUCUUCUUCCAAGGAGAUCUUCAAGAGACUUGGGGUGUUGAGGCACUCAAAUGGGCUAUGGAAUGCACGUCAAGACACCUUGCCUGUCGUUCUCACCAGAUCUAUCCUGCAUUGCGGCCUAGUGUUACAAGUGAUACAUGUGUAUUACUCCUUCGUUGCCUACAUAGAUGCUUGGGAAAUCCAAUACCUCCUGUUCUGGGCUUCAUCAUGGAAAUUUUACUGAACUUGAAAGUAAUGGUGGAGAACAUGGAGCCAGAAAAGGUGAUUCUCUACCCACAACUCUUUUGGGGUUGUGUGGCCAUGAUGCACACAGAUUUCAUUCAUGUCUACUGCCAGGUUCUUGAGCUUUUCUCGCGUAUGAUUGACCGUUUAUCAUUCCGGGACAGAACAAUUGAAAAUGUUCUCCUUUCCAGCAUGCCUCGAGAUGAGCUUGAUAAUGUUGAUAUUGGGGAUUUUCAGCGUAUGGAAUAUAGGGGCUAUGAUUUGCCAAACACCAGUGGCAAUCUGCCAGCAUUUGAAGGAGUGCAGUCCCUUGUACUUAAAGGACUCAUGUCCACUGUUAGUCAAGCAAUUCAGGUCCUCUCUCGUAUCAUAGUGCACUCAUGUGACUCCAUUUUUGGGGAUCGCAAGACUAGACUACUGAUGCACAUUACAGGAUUGCUUCCCUGGCUUUGCUUACAGCUCGGCAAAGACCCGUUGGUGGGCCCAGCUUCACCACUGCAACAACAGUACCACAAAGCCUGCUCCGUUGCUGCCAACAUCUCAAUUUGGUGUCGAGCAAAAUCAUUGGAUGAAUUAGCCACUGUGUUUAUGGCUUACACCAGAGGUGAGAUCAAAAGCAUUGAUAAUCCCCUUGCCUGCUCACCGUUAUUGUCCAACGAAUGGCUCCCUAAGCACUCAGCUCUGGCUUUUGGACACCUGCUACGGCUACUGGAGAGAGGUCCAGUUGAGUAUCAACGUGUAAUAUUGCUCAUGCUUAAGGCAUUGCUCCAGCAUACCCCCAUGGAUUCGGCUCAGAGCCCACACAUGUAUGCCAUUGUAUCACAGCUAGUUGAGAGCACCUUGUGUUGGGAGGCACCAAGUGUGUUAGAAGCUCUUUUGCAGAGUUGUAGUUCAUUGCCUGGUUCACACCCACUUGAGUCUGGGCCAAUUGAAAAUGGGACAGAUGACAAGAUGCUAGCUUCUUAGACCUCAUUCAUGGCUCGAAGUGGGCCACUACAGUAUGCCAUGGUAUCUGGUUUCGGGGUAAGUUCAACAUCAGUUCCACAAGCAGUUUCCUCCGAGUCACUUAUGACACCUAGAGAAGUGGCUUUGCAAAACACUCGAUUGAUCCUCGUGAGGGUGCUCGACAGCUGCGCCCUGGGGAGAAGAAGGGAAUAUAGAAGGCUGGUGCCUUUUGUGACCACAAUUGGAAACCCAUGA